ACGCUGGCACUGAUGGAUCCGCUUCUGCUGCUGCUGAUGAGCAAAGUUGGCCAGAUCGGCCUUGAAACUCUUCGCGAGGAUGUCAGACAUGCAGCGUGCAUCUCAUAAUCACGGUGACGAUGACGGUGAUCAUGGUGGUGAUGGUGAUGGUGAUGGUGAAGGUGAUGGCGACGGCGAUGGCGAUGGCGAUGGCGAUGGCGAUGGCGAUGGCGAUGGUGAUGGUGAUGGCGAUGGCGAUGGUGAUGGUGAUGGUGAUGGUGAUGACGGUGAUGACGGUGAUGGUGAUGAUGGUGAUGAUGGUGAUGGUGAUGACGGUGAUGGCGAUGGCGAUCGUGACUAUGGCGAUGGCGAUGAUGAUGACGACGUUGUUCCACGUAGCUCUAACGAAAGCUUCUUGGCCAGAUCGGCCUUGAAACUCUUCCCGAAAAUGUCAGACAGGCAGCGUGGAUAUCAUAAUCACAAUGGUGAUGAUGAUGAUGAUGAUGAUGAUGAUGAUGAUGAUGAUGAUGAUGACCGUGAUGGUGAUGACGUUGAUGGUGAUGAUGGUGAUGGUGAUGGUGAUGAUGACUAUCGGAUAGCGACGAUGAAGACGGCGUUGCUCCACGUACCUCUAAUGAAAACUAUAGCAUUUUCUAGAACCCCUCCGCAGCUAUGCUCAUGCCUUUUCCUCUAGAACUUCAAGUGAGAAACGACCUAUACAUAUUCGUAUAAAGCAAUACUUAUGUAUAAACUGAUGGCAUUUCUUGUGCCUUUUCUUGUCCCGGCAAGUCACUGCGUCCGAGCCUAAACCACCUUCCCCUUUUUUUUUUUUUUUUUUUUUUUUUAAUGUAACAAUCCCUUCACUGCGCUCCACCGCACGCUAACCAGUUAAGCGCAAUUGGACGCAGGUAGAAGCGUGAGCGAGGAAGAAUUCAAGAAAUAAAGCAAAUGAGCGGCG